UGACAGGGCCAGAGCACAGAGCACAGAGCACAGAGCCCAGAGCCCAGAGCCCAGAGCCCAUCAAGUACGACAGCCAGCAGCCAGCGAGACGUCAAGGAAAUUAUCGAUUUUCGCAUGAAGAAGUGAAAAAUUUCCAACUCAAUUGGACAGUUUGUGUGCGUCGGAAAACUGUGCAAAAGUUGGCCCAAUACCUGGGAGAAUUCAACAGAAUUCGGAUACAGAUACCUGCAGCAAUUAAAGACACUUGCAAGACGUCUUGAGUGCGUGUGGGUGUGGCAGCUGGCAGCAGCAGCAGCAGCCAUGGCGGACAGUGAAUUUGAGGAGUUCCAUAGGCCGAUAUUUGAGCCACAUGCGAUUGCCACAUUUGGGGCAGGUGCAGCAGCCAACAAGAAGAAUAAUAAUUCCCAUGCAUUUUACUCUUUAAUUCCCAACGAUGAGAUGGAGGACUCCACAUCCUCGAAGAGCGAUGGCGAUGGCUCGGACCAGGAGGAUGGCAUUGGCAUGGGCAUGGGCCCGGGCAUGGGCAUGGGCAUGCCGGAACGUGAGCCCAAGCUGCGCCAAGUGGAGGACGACGAGCUGGGAGAUGGUCUCAAAGUCACACUCUCAUCGGACGGUUCGCUGGACACAAACGACUCGUUCAACUCGCACCGGCAUCAUCCGUUGAACCAUCAGGAUGCCAUUGGCGGCAUCAUGGGCAUGACAAGCAAUGCACUACACUCGGCUGCACCCGUGACCAUUGGAGCCAGCACGGAUCUGUUGACACCGAAUGCGGCUGCCACGCAGCGGCGGCGUCGCAAGCUGCCCGAGAUACCAAAAAACCAGAAAUCUUCCAUUCUGCAUCUUUUAGGCGGCACCAACUACGGAUCGCUGGCGGAUGAGUUUCGCACCGGAACUGGAGCUGGUCCCAUAGCAGCAGCGGCACGCACCGGACAGCAACGCUCAUUCCUCUCGCUGAAGUGCGGCUAUCUGAUGGACGAGGACUCCAGUCCCGAUUCGGAGCGACUGCAGAGCCUGGGGGAUGUGGACAGUGGCCACAGCACAGCGCACUCGCCGAAUGACUUCAAGAGCAUGUCGCCACAGAUACCGUCGCCCGUCUCCCAGUCACCCUUUCCCCCACCAUUCGGGGGCGUGCCCUUUGGGCAGUUGGAGAUGCUGGAGGCGACACACCGCGGACUGCACAAGUUUGUGCCGCGACAUCAUGACGAGAUCGAGCUGGAGAUCGGCGAUGCCAUCUAUGUGCAGAAGGAGGCCGAGGACUUGUGGUGCGAGGGCGUGAAUUUGCGCACCGGCAGGCAGGGCAUCUUCCCGUCGGCCUAUGCCGUCGACUUGGACUACAACGAGUUCGAUCCGACGGUGCAGCUGGUGAAGAAGGAGCGAUAUCUGCUCGGAUACCUUGGAUCCGUGGAGACGCUGGCGCACAAGGGCACCGGCGUCGUCUGUCAGGCGGUGCGCAAAAUUGUGGGCGAAUACGGUGCCUCGCCCACCGGACAGACAUGCAUUCUGGAGGUCUCCGAUCAGGGACUACGCAUGGUGGAUCGAUCGGGCCCAAAUAACAAAAAGGAAAAGAAGCCCUGCAUCGACUAUUUCUACUCGCUGAAGAAUGUCUCGUUCUGUGCAUUUCACCCUCGCGAUCAUCGCUUCAUUGGCUUCAUUACGAAGCAUCCGACAGUGCAGCGCUUCGCCUGUCACGUCUUCAAGGGCUCGGAGUCCACCAGGCCAGUGGCCGAGGCAGUUGGACGAGCCUUUCAGCGUUUCUAUCAGAAAUUCAUUGAAACAGCUUAUCCCAUCGAGGACAUCUACAUCGAGUAGAAGAUCGGGGCAAGGAUCUAUCCAUCGAUGGAUAAUGGAUAUGCGAUAUAUUUUUUGUGCGGUUAUUAAUUAAUACAAAAAUAAAAUUCAACAACAAAUGUUUGCCCCCCACCCUUCGUCAAAAUCAAAUGAGAAAAGUAUAUAACCAAUUUGUAAAAUCUCGCAAAAGCUCCAUUUAAACAACUUAAUUAAUCUAUGAUUUAUCUGUUCCUACAUACCAUACCAAUGUGCAACACACCCUCCCUGCCUGAUACAUGUAAAUAGUUAAUUUAGGUUUGUAAAUCCCACUCUUGGAACCGCUUCAAGGCAAUCAAAGCAUUAGCUUUCCCUUCCUGACAUGGGAGAGUAACACAACAAACACAAAUAUGAAUAUGAAUUGAAAUUUGAACUCCGGUAAACAAACACUUUGGACAGCCCCAAUUUUAGCACAAACACGGAGACAUGGAGGCCAAAGUAGUAUCCCAAAUUUACGAGUAAUUACUUCAAUCGUCUCUCUCGCACUCACUCUCUAUAUCUCUCUCUCUCUCUGUUACGAGGCUCAAUAAACCCCAAUAAACAAACAAACCCCAUUUGCAAAUUCUUUAAGUAUUACGAACAUCAUUCGAAGCCCAGUCAGUCAUUUUUAAGAUGUGUAAACCCAAGUAGUUCUGUGCAUACACUCGCAUAUAUAUAUGUAUGUAUCUAUACAAAGAAAUAUAUAAAGAAAAUCUAUAUUAAAACGAAACAAAACGAAAUCAC